CAGGUUCCCACAUUCUAAGCUUAGUCAUUGAAUAGGUGGCUGGCUCUUCACUGUGGAGAUACCUCUUCACUGGAAUUUGAAUUCCUCGUAUUCCUGUCGGUCUUGGAAAUUAGUGCCGGAUAGAACCGAACUCGAGAAUUCAUCACUGUGCCAGAAGUCGUCGUUGUGAGAUAUGGUGUUUCGUGGUUCUCUCGCCUCGUAGUGAGAAGAGCCUUCGGUAUUUUGAAAUGGCUAAUGUUGCAGGGCGAAUGUGAGGUUGGGUGCUCAGCGUGCGAGUGUGCGUGUGUGUUCGUGUGUAUGCGUUUGAACCCCGACAGGAAACCAAAUGUCAUUCCUGUAAUAUUUUCCCUCCACUUCUGAGGAUUUUAUGGCGGUGAUCAGACGCGUCUGGGCGCUGUAAACGGAGGGAUUAGAAGUGGCUCAUUGGCCCUGAUGCGUCGCCAUUUAACACUUUGCGGAAAGUGUUGUCAAAAGAUUGAGAAAAGGGAAGAGAAUUGUGAAUGAACGGGAGAGUUGAAGACCACCUAUAGCCCCAGGGAUUGCGUUGGCUACCUGCCCAGCCUCAUCUCUUCGCCUUCGCCUUCUCUGGAACCCCUGGCCCUCCCUCCCCACUGCCAGGACCCUCUACCGCCUCUUCCUCUUCAGAUAAACUCCUUUGACCGCAAUAUAACCUAUCGAUUUGUACCAAAAUAACGUCAGCAGACGCGUCUCGGUCAGUGUCACAAGAAGAACUUGGGUGGUUUUUCUCUGUAAUUUGGCGACUUUAGUGUUUGAGUUAUGUGGGUGCGUUGAAUAAAUGGUUAUCGAUUUGUAAAGGAGCAAAAGAAAAAAACAGCCAAAAAAAGGAGAAAUUGCAAAUUAGUCAGAGGGUACAUUGGAAUGUACUGACCAACUGUCUUGUGUAGCUUUGGUUGGUCUUAUCAAAGGUAUCGUCAGGAUUGUUAGUGUAGUCAAAUACAAGAGGUAGAAGAUUCGCAACUGAACUAAGAUAAGGAGACAGAAGUAGUAUAUCGUCAGUUGACUCAUAAUCACCAGCAUCAUGUGUGUGGACUCGAGGGUAAUCUCCCUGAGGUCUCAGCAUCAGACAUAACAACCCUCUCUCCUCUCACCACCCCCUCUGCAUGAGGUGCCCACGCCCCCUCUUCUCCUCCCGCCAGAGCAUCGCAAGGGCCGAGCCAUGGGGGGGAGUAUGGGCAAAGGGGGGUCAGGAAAGGGGCAUUCUCUUCUGGACGCCCUGCCCUCUUUGAAUGCGCCCUUACAUGUCGUCAUGUUAGGGCUAGACUCCGCGGGCAAAACCACGGCGCUCUACCGUCUGAAGUUCGACCAGUAUCUGAACACAGUCCCCACCAUCGGGUUCAACUGCGAAAAAAUUAAGGGAACCUCCGGAAAAUGCAAAGGUACGAGUUUCCUCGUGUGGGAUGUCGGAGGUCAGGAAAAGUUACGCCCACUUUGGCGCUCCUAUACGCGAUGCACGGAUGGCAUCGUCUUUGUAGUUGACGCCACAGAUUCCGAAAGGAUGGAUGAAGCCAAAAUGGAGCUCAUGAGGACCAUAAGAGCUCCCGAAAAUCACCACGUCCCCAUUCUCGUCCUUGCAAACAAACAGGAUUUGCCAGGGGCAAAGGAUGCUGCAACAGUUGAAAAGACGCUAGGCCUGAAAGAUUUGGGCCCGUCCCAGCUCUUCCACGUACAGCCAUCGUGUGCAAUUAUUGGAGACGGACUGGAAGACGGCCUUGAGUCCCUUUACGAGAUGAUCUGCAAGAAGAAAAAGAUCAGCCGGAGUAACAGCAAAAGCAGCAAGAAGCGGUAACUGGGAAAUGGCGUUAGCUUUAAGGUAGACUAAAUGUAACGUGUUUAUAAUAAAAUAAACCAUUUGAAUGGAUUCCUUAUUUUGCA